GAGAAGAAAAGACAUAUGUUGAUUUAGCUAUUAUCUCGUUCGUUUGUUUAGAUUUACUUUGCAGAAACAGAGAGACGGUUAUGUUUCGUGGUUUAGAUUCUGAUGGUACCAAACAAUACUUGUCGUUCACAGAUAAGUAGUGAUUAUGGUUAAUAUUAGAUUCACAACAAUCAGCAGUGUCAUGUAUAAAGACUAGAUAUUCAAUUCACUGAAAAUGUCGAAAUUUGACCAAAGCUGGUCUCCGUAUGCCAAAGUUUACGAUCCUAUCCGGGUAGGUAGUAUUGAUGGAACUCAUACCGACCCACAUGAUAAUGGAAUCAUAAGAGCUUGCAAUGCUUCUUACCAUCCAAAUCGCCUGCUUAAAAACAAUUCUGAACGGACACUCUUUAUUGGUAGGCUAGACAAAGACGUAAUGGAAAAGGAUUUGGAAAAUCUAUUUUCCAAGUAUGGUACACUUGAGAACGUAACUGUUGUAAGGGAUAUUGUUACUGGAUUCUCAAAAAGAUAUGCAUUUGUUGAAUUCAGAAGUAGGCAUGAUUGCCAUCUGGCUAAAAGUAAAGAACAAAAAACAAUAUUAAAAGGAAAAGAAAUACUAGUUGAUUUUGAAUGUCAAAACACACUCCCUGGAUGGAUUCCUCGAAGGCUUGGUGGAGGCUUUGGUGGUAAAAAAGAAUCUGGGCAGUUACGUUUUGGUUGUGUAGACAGGCCAUGGAAAAGGCCCAUCCAAGUUGUGUCUCAUUAUAGUAGAAUGCCCAAGUCCGACACCGAGCAACGUAAUGCUGAAUUCGAAAGAGAUCCACAGCGUUUUCCGCCCAGAAUUUCAUCCCACACCAAAGGUGGAAGAAAAGAGCAUUAUUCGUUGCAUACCAAAAGAACGCGGAAUGAGAAAUCCUGUACGCCCCCCAGAAGCUUGAAGCGUCGUAGAACUUGACAUUACACAUUCUUCGUCUGUGUACGGGUAUUUUGUAUUAUACGUAUAUUUUUCAUGUU